AUGGUAAGUACUCGUAAUAAAAAGGCUCAAGAAUCCAAGAAAGAAAAGCCUCUUCCUAAGUCUGCAAAAGCUGAAAAAGCAUCAGCAGACAAGAAAAAAUCAAAAGCAAAGCAGGUAAAAAAAGAAAUCAAAGUAGAAAAAAAGAAGGAAAAAGUGGCCGCCAAAGCAAAUCAGAAAAGACAAACCCCUCCUCAAUUGGAAAAAGAGUCAAAAAAGGCAAAAGCAAAGCCGAAAGCAGCACCUCAGAUUUUAGGCUAUACACCAGAUCAAUAUGAUAGGUAUAAGCAAUUGAUCAUUGAAUAUAAAGGGAAAACAAAUGAUGAGCUCAAAUCAAUAUUAAGGAAAAACGAUCAAAAGGUUUCAGGGACCAAAGAUGAGCUGGCUGAAAGAAUUGCUGAUGGAGUCGUGCUUGGCGCUAUCCCUAAAUGCCCUAGCUGUGGUGGCGGGAGACCAAAAUUCGACUUUAAGAAAGGGACUUAUUAUUGUGCUGGCUAUAGAGAUGACGUUGACUUUGUGAAUUGCCAUAAAAAAUAUUCGCUUUCUGAUCUCCCAAGAAACUCUUGGUUAUUAUAA